AUGCCACGAACAUAUGUGAGAAAGUCAAAUAGGCUUCAGUGGUCGGAGUCAGACAUGCUUUUAGCCAUAAAUUCGGUGAUGGAAGGUAGAAUGGGAUAUCUUUUAGCGUCAAACACAUACAAUGUACCCAAAAGUUCGAUAGAAUAUCGUGUAAAGAAGAUCAAAAAUGGAAAAUCCAAAUAUGAAGUGUUUCAAAAGUGCCCUGCUACUGAAAAGUGCGUCUUCACUGAUGAGCUGGAAGGUAUGUUAGUCGAACAUAUUAAAACUAUGGAAUCUCGUUUAUUUGGAUUGACGAAAACAGACCUGCGACGUUUGGCAUUCCAAUUAGCUGAAAGAAAUAAUUUAAACCAUCCUUUUAAUAAAGAAACUGGACUCGCUGGCUUAGAUUAG